GCUGGCAGUAGCGGGGGGCCUGGUGUUUUCCUGCGGCCGUCCCCGAGUUGGGUGAUGUGAUGUUGGGGCGGCCCGUGGUUUGAUCUCGGCCGGCCUGCGGAUGGCGGAUAGGGACGCGGGGCCGCUGUGAGGGUGCCCGGCGGCUGCGUGGGCCGAGUCCGAGAGCGGCCGAAGCCUGAGGCCCGAGGCCUACCGUUGCCAAGGAGACGCCCGGCCGGGGGCCGGGGUGGAAGCCUAGCCGAGGAUGGGCUCCCGGGUGCGGCCUCAGCCCGCGUUCUCCCCGGCCGGCUCCCGCCUACAGGAGUCGGGCGGCGAGCAGCUGGAGAUGAGCCGAGUGCGGGGCGCGGAGAGCCGGCAGGAGGCGGCGGGCGGGGGCCGAGGCGCGGGCCGCCAGGCGUGGAGCCGCGACAACCCGGGCUACGAGCCGGCCGAUGAGGAGCUGGACAUGGAGCUGGACUGGAGGGCGGCGGCCGAGCCCGGGGCGCCGGGCAGCCCCAGUCCCGCGUCUGGCAGCGGGCUCCCGGCCGGCUACAACCCCCGGCACAACGCCAGGACUGGCUGCCUGUGCCCCAGCCCGAGCCCCGCGGCCCCGCACGGCAGCCGGCCGGGCUGCGGCCGCACCGUCCUGCGCCGGAUCCGAGCUUUAUGGGGAACCCGGAUGACUGGGGAUCAGACCGUCAACAGAGAGAGAUACCUGAAGAACAUGCUGCGAGAAUUGGUGACGUAUGCAGUUUUCAUGGUUGUUCUCUGCAUCUCAACCUAUGGGAUGGUCAGCUCUAACAUGUACUACUACACCAGAGUCAUGUCCAGUCUUUUCCUGGACACUCCUUUUUCUGAAAAUGAGAAAACUAACUUCAGGAGUAUCGCCAACAUGGAUGAUUUUUGGAAGUUCACGGAAGGUCCUUUGCUAGAUGGGCUUUAUUGGGACCUGUGGUACAAUAACAAAACACUAGGGGUGAACAGAAGCUUCAUCUAUUAUGAAAAUCUGCUUUUGGGAGUGCCUCGCAUCAGGCAGCUGAAAGUAAAGAAUGAAUCUUGCAAAGUACAUGAAGACCUAAAAGAUGAAAUCAAGGAAUGCUAUGAUGUAUAUUCAAUUGCAAACGAAGAUACCACGUCAUUUGGUCUCAAGAAUAAAACAGCUUGGACUUAUACAAGUGAGAAAGAUCUGAAAGAGAUUGGCUACUGGGGGUUAGUCGCCAUCUACAGUGGAGCAGGAUAUUACUUGGACCUGGCAAGAAAUAGAGAUGAAACAGCCACAAUGUUAAAGGUGUUGAAAGAGAAUCUCUGGCUUGAUCGAGGCACCAGGGUUGUGUUUAUUGACUUCUCCGUCUACAAUGCAAACAUUAACUUGUUUUGUGUGAUCAGGUUGGUGGUUGAGUUCCCUGCCACUGGAGGUGCACUCUCAUCUUGGCAAUUUCAGACGGUGAAGCUUAUUCGCUAUGUCUCCUCAUUUGACUAUUUUCUGGCAGCGUGUGAAAUUGUUUUCUGUAUUUUCAUAUUCUACUAUAUAGUUGAGGAGUUUCUGGAGAUCCGUGUUCAUAAGCUGCAUUACUUCAGGAGUGUCUGGAACUGUUUGGAUAUUCUGAUCAUUGUGUUGUCAUCGGUAGCGAUUUGCAUCAAUAUUUAUCGCACAGCAAUUGUUGAGGAGUCACUCGGAGAGUUACUAGAGAACCAGAAUUCGUAUGCCAACCUCGAGUCUCUGGCGUAUUGGCAGGUUCAGUUUAACAACAUGGCCGCAGUGGUUGUGUUUUUUGUGUGGAUUAAGAUCUUCAAAUUCAUUAGCUUCAAUAAGACCAUGAUCCAGUUGUCAUCUACCAUGUCUCGCUGUGCCAAAGAUGUCAUGGGUUUUGCCAUCAUGUUUUUUAUUGUUUUCUUGGCUUACGCUCAGCUGGCGUACCUUGUCUUUGGUACCCAGGUCGAUGACUUCAGCACUUUCCACACGUGCAUCUUUACUCAGUUUCGCAUCAUUCUGGGAGAUUUCGAUUUUGCCAAAAUUGAGGAGGCGGACGGGAUUCUGGGCCCAGUUUAUUUUGCCACUUUUGUCUUCUUUGUUUUCUUCAUUCUCUUGAACAUGUUUUUGGCCAUCAUUAACGACACCUACUCUGAAGUUAAAGCUGACGUGGCCCAGCAGAAGAGUGAGAUGGAGCUCACUGACCUUAUUAAGAAGGGAUGUAGCAAGGCCUUGUUGAAACUCCGGCUACGGAAGACAACUGUUGAUGACAUCACGGAGUCUCUACGACAAGCUGGAGGGAAACUAAAUUUUGAUGAAUUGCGACAAGAUCUGAAGGGGAGGGGUCACACAGAUGCUGAGAUAGAAGCAAUUUUUGCCAAGUACGAUCAGGAUGGAGAUCAGGAGCUGACGGAACAUGAGCAUCAACAGAUGAGAGAUGACUUGGAGAAGGAGAGGGAUGACUUGGACCUGGACAGGAGCUCGCUGCCUCGAUCAACCAGUGGCCGAAGCCUCCCACGGAGCAUGGAUGAUUCCGAGGAGGAGGAUGACGAAGACAGUGGUCAUAGUUCAAGAAGAAGAGGGAGCAGCUCCACAGGGGUGUCCUACGAAGAGUUUCAAGUCCUUGUGAGACGUGUGGAUCGAAUGGAACAUUCCAUUGGGAGCAUCGUGUCAAAAAUUGAUGCUGUGAUUGUGAAGUUGGAGGCCAUGGAGAGAGCCAAGCUGAAAAGGAGGGACGUACUGGGCAGGCUGCUGGAUGGUGUGACAGAGGAUGAGCGCCUGGGUCGGGACAACGACAUUCACAGAGAGCAGAUGGAGCGCUUGGUGCGAGAGGAGCUGGAGCGCUGGGAGUCUGAUGAGACGGUGUCACAGCUGAGUCAUCACCUUGGGACACCGCUGGGACUUAACGGGCGUUCUCGGUCCCGCAGUUCUCGCCCUUCUUCGUCUCAGUCCACCGAUGGUUUGGAUGCUGGGGGCGUUGGAGGCAGCCACGUUUAGCCUACGCAUCCUGGAGCUGAUGAUGCCCGUAUCCAUCAAUAUACAUCGUCACGUUGGUUUGACGUUGCGUCAGUAUUUACACCUCUGUGGAUGGAGUUGUGCUUGAUCAGUUGAGAUGAAUGAUCACACACAACACUGUGGGAUGAAUUGUAUGGCCAUGUCAUCAUGGAUUUUUAUAAACACUUACCUGUAGUGUGCAUUUCAUCAAGAAAUUUAGAGAAAGUUGAACAAUAGCAGGCAUCAGUGUUUUAAUGCACCCCAGUUAUAGAAUCCUUUGGCUGGUGAAACUCCCAAUAAAUUGGGGAAGAGCAGUGUCUUGGGCUUAUUUGGAGAUUGCAAUUAGUCAUGAGAUACGAUGAAUAAAGAACACCUCGAGGUUUUUAAGACAUGUCCUUGUCAGAAUCAUGUCAUCUGCAAAGGCCAGAGCAGUACAAAAGAUAUUGUCUGUGCCGAGGUGAAACCCUGAACCAUGACCUAUCCAAAGAAUGUAAUGAAAUGUCCAUCACAGUGUUACUAACCUGGGGGAAAGCAGAUCACCCAUCUUAACCCCCCUCGUACCAGGGAUGGGUCCAGUCCUGGCUUUGCCAUUAUCAAUGAAAAGUAUUGGAAUUGGCAUACAGGUCUGAACUAAGGUUCGCAAAGUGGGCAUCAACCCCCAUCCUACCCAAAGCCUGAAAAAUCAGCUUAUGGCUGACAAUCAAACAUCUUUGCAAGGCCUAUAAAAACCGCUGCCAGAUCUUUGAUUCCUCUUGGCCCCUGUCAUUGAACUAUUUAAAAUGGCAAUAUUUUGAUUGCAUCUGGGUGUGGCCUCAGUGAAACCUUUCUGACCAUUGUUAAUAGUGACCGAAUCCGCUAAUCGUUUAGCUAUGGUUUUAGUAAAGAUUCUGAAUAAUAUUGGCCUGAUAGCGAUGGGCCACCGAUUGUCAAUUGAUUUUAAUUUAUUAAGGUCGUCAGAUUUUGGAAGGAGGACCAUGUGUUUGCAGUAAGUCAGUACAGGUACAGUGGGCCAGUGGCCUCAACCCAUGGUGCAGGAUGGUUCUUGUGAGUGCAUCUUCUGGCAUAGAUCCAAAGGUGUGCUGGGAGUUUUCACUUCCGUGUACUCUACCCCAAUCCAAUGGACAACUGUUAACUUUAUCUGGCUGUCCAUUCCUUAGGGAGGAUGUGGUGUUUCAGCAAAUCCUGUUAUGAUUUUGGAAAUGUUUUAUCUCACAUUCUCCUCAGACCCCUUACAACUUGUUGAUGUUACCACAGAUUGUGAAUUUGGUUUGGAAGAAAGGCCAAGGGUACAUGGAACAGUACAGCACACAAUGUUGUGCUGAACUAAUUAAACUAGUAAUUAAACACCUAACCAAUCCCCUCGCCCACACAAUGUCGACAUACCCCCAUUCUCUGCACAUCCAUGUGCCUAUCUAAGAGCCUCUUAAACGCCUCUAUUGUAUCUGCCUCCACCACCACCCCUGGCAGCCCGUUCCAGGCACCCACCGCCCUCUGUGCAAAAUAAAAAAAACUUACCCUGCACAUCUCCUUUGCACUUUUUCCUCUCACAUUAAAUGCAUGCCCUCUAGUAUUAGACAUUCCAGCCUCAGGAACAAGAUACUGCCUGUCUAUCUAUGCUUCCCGUAAUCUUCCUCCUCCACCACUCCAGUGAAAACACCCUAAGCCUGACCAACCUCCCCUCACAGCACAUUCCCUCUAUUCCAGGCAGCAUCCUGGUGAACCUCUUCUGCACCCUCUCCAAAGCCCCCACAUCCUUCCUACAAUGGGGCAACCAGAACUGAAUGCGGUACUCCAGAUGUGGCCUAACUAGAGUUUUCUAAAGCUGCAACAUAACUUCCCGACUCUUGAACUCAAAGCCUCAACUAAUAAAGGCAAGCAUGCUAUACACCACCUUUUCCCACCCUAUCAACCUGUGUAGCCACUUUCAGGGAGCUAUGGACUUGGACCCCAAGAUCCCUAAGGUUCAAUAAUAAUUUUUCAUUUAUCCAGUAGUGUCAGGCAAGGGGCAGGGCAUUAACAGCGUAUCCAGCGUAGUCACCAUGGGCUGCAUGACAUUCUGUGAUCUUCAGGAGAAUUGUUUAAAAAGUUGUGAAAUGUAAAUGGAUCUGGAGCUAUCUCAACUGACUGAAGCCUCCUGUAUCACCAGAAGUUAUGAUUCUGGUUAACAAUAAGACCUUUGUAGGUGCAGGGUAAAGUAUGCAUAUUCAUUCAGAAAUGCAAGCUAGGAGAAACAAGUCUUGAAGGUUCCUUGGGUAGUGGAUUUGGGAGCAGAGGUUAAGUGGAAUUUGCUUUAACCAUCAUGAGUCAGAACGAUCAGUGGCACAAGCAGAUCCCAUCUCUCCAGCCAGAUCCAUUUUCCACCUUCCACUUCCCCACAUCUCCUUUGGUCCAGGUGUCCCCUCAAUAAAGGACUGAGGAGGCUAGAGGGACCUUGUGUCCUUGGACCCUACGCCUCCGAUCUCAGACGUUGGUCAUUGUGCAGAAUUGGUUUGGGGAAGCAAGGGUGUGAGUUCAAGUGCCAUGUAAGUGAUGAUGUUCUUGGGGAUGAGGGAGCUGCCAGCCCAUCACACACUUUCACAUUGAAUCCUUAGAGUAACUUCAGUGGAAUUUGUUAAACAAAGUUGAUUUUUUUUCCCAAAAGCUCUUUCAGAAUUUUCUGCAUGAAUCAGUGGUGAGGGACCCAAGUAUUAUGAUGCAUGUGAUUGGUAAUGAUUGAUUGAGAGCUAAGCAUCUUGAUUCGUGGGAUUGCCGCUAACAGCACCACAUCUACCUUUCACAUCCAGUCGAGGAAGGACUGUGAAACUGCCCACAGAAUUCAUGUGCAGUUCCAUUGCUGUAUUCUUCCUUGGAAUCUAUAUGGGGGCAGUUAAUUGGUUUUAGUUUUCAAGUUUUGGUUGUAGAUUCACAUACUUGAAUCAAAAAGGAAUAGAAGGCUUAUGACCUAACGUGUGUAAAUGGGAUUGGAGUAGGUAGACACAAUGGGCAGCAUAGAUGUGAUGGGCCGAAGGGCCUGUUUCUCUGCUGUAUGACUCUGACUCUGUUUAAUGAGUAUUGGGAAUGUUUCGCAGUGUUGAGCACCCACUUGUAAGAAUGGAAAAGCAAUGGACAAAGGUACGAUUUAGGUUACAAUGUGAUUACACACUCUUAACUGAGUUAACAGACUGACCCCAUAAAUGGUUAAUAGUUAGAUUUGAUCCAUGAGAAACCAUUGCAAGGAAUUAUGGUUGAAAUCUAGUAUUUUUUCUACUCAAAGCCAUUGUUGAAAUUCCUUAAGAAGAAAUAGUUGAUUGAGAAAAAAUGACUUUGCCUGAUGUAGCUAAUGAGUGGAAUUGGGUACAUUAUGUGGAGGAAACAUCCUCAAUGAAGACCUGAGAGGGUUCAGCACCUUGUUUCUGUAGUUUGUUGUCAACAUCUCCAUAAACUCAAACAAUAAUUGGACAAAACCUGACCUUACUGGAGCAAAAGCUGCUGAAUGUUUCCAGUGUUUUCUGUUUCCGUUGUGAGCACACUCCUCUGAAACACCAUUCAUUAUGAGAACAUGUUUGGCUAAACCUGGUGUUGAAUGUAGGUCGUACACAGCUACAGCCCAAAAACCCCUCGAAGUGACCUACCAUCAGUGCCUUCAUCACUCCCUAAAGGGAAAUGAGGUGCUUGACACUGACAGGUCAGUACUGCAGUUGAGAUAAAUAUGGAAGUGAAUGCUUGUGUUGUGAUUCCGAAACUUUGGAAAUGACUAUGUUCGCACAAUAAGAGGGUUUGGUUUUUUAAAUUUAUUGAGCGCAACAGGAUUUCCAAGUCAUCGACAGUCUAAAUCUUAUUUUCGGCAUUGUCUUUGCACAGUUGCAUUUCCAAAUGUAGAAUAAAAGUGCCUUGGCCAAAUAAUGCAACAAACUAGUUUGAUUGUUUUUACUUACUGUGUAUUUUUCCCUCAUAGUUUACGUUUGAAAUUACUUGCCUAGGUUUGAAUAAGAAUUCACCUACCUAUUAAUGCAUCACCAUUUUUAUGAACCAAACAAAGAUUUUAUUAAAGUGAUGUGUACGAACUUUAACAAACUUCAUUGUGAAGUGCAUAAUUUCAUGGGGUAUCCAUGCUGUAUCUUGACGCUGUGCGUGCCGAUGCAUAAAGUCUAGUUUAUAGAACUGUUUUUAUAUUUCUGUAUUGUAAUAUCUCAAAUGAAAUAUCCAGCUUUCAUUACUGCUUUUCAUUUUUUAUGUAACCAGGUACACCUUGUUUACAAAUUUUAAUGUAGAAUUACACUUUUUAAUAGAUUUCAAGUCUUCCAUUGUUAGAGACUUUGUAGAUUUUGGGCCUGUUGUAUUCAAGCACUUUAAUAAAGUAUAUCUUC